AUGGCGCAGCAAGCAGUCGACCUCGAUGCUCUUAUCAUCGGGGCAGGAUUCAGCGGGAUAUAUCAGCUCUACCGGCUGAGGCAGAUGGGCUUAUCAGUCAAGGUGAUAGAUAUGGCCGGCGAUGUGGGAGGGACGUGGUAUUGGAAUCGAUACCCCGGUGCAAUGAGCGACACCGAGAGCUUUGUAUACCGAUUCUCAUGGGACAAGGAAGACCUGCGGACCUACCCCUGGACACAUCACUAUGUCAAACAGCCUGAAGUCCUGGCCUAUCUCCAACAUGUCGUCGAACGACACGACCUCCGGAAAGACAUGCAGUUCAACACGGAGUUGUUAUCCGCUAGAUGGGACGAUACAUCCAAAUUCUGGCGCGUGGAAUUGAGCACGGGCAAGACUCUCAGGGUACGAUAUCUCGUCACGGCGCUGGGCCUCCUGUCUAAAGCCAACUACCCGGAUAUACCAGGCAUCGACACGUUCCAGGGCCAAAAGGUCCACACGGCAAAAUGGCCGCCGGGACUCGAUGUCACGGGCAAACGCGUCGGCAUUAUAGGCUGUGGUUCGACCGGCGUCCAAGUCAUCACCGAUAUCGCCAGCAAGGUCAAAUCGCUGACCUGCUUCCAACGACACCCUCAAUACAGCGUGCCCAGCGGCGAUCGGCCCGUCGACCCUGCCUACCGGCAGUGGGUCAACGAGAACUACGACGCCAUAUUCGAGCAAGUAAAGAACAGCGUCGUUGGGUUCGGCUUCGUCGAAUCCACACGGCCUUACGCGUCCGUCUCGUCGCCCGAGGAACGCGAAGCCAUUUUCGAAUCCCUCUGGCGCCAGGGCAACGGCUUCCGCUUCAUGUUCGGCGGCUUCAACGACAUCGCCACCGACAAGGUCGCCAACGAAGCGGCCUGCGCCUUCAUCCGCAAGAAGAUCCGCGAAAUCGUCAAGGACCCCGAAAAGGCCCGCAAGUUGCAACCGCACGAUUACUACGCGCGGCGACCUCUCUGCGACGGCGGCUACUUCGAGCAGUUCAACCGAGAGAACGUAGAUGUCGUCCACCUCCAAGAAACCCCCAUCACCCGCAUCACGGAAAAGGGCGUCCAGACGACGGCUCAACUGUACGAACUCGACGUCCUGAUCUUUGCGACGGGCUUUGACGCCAUCGAGGGCAAUUACAACCGCGUGCGCAUCCAGGGCCGCGACGGCGUCUCGCUCAAGGAAUACUGGGCCCCCACAGGCCCGACGAGCUACCUGGGCGUGUCGGUGCCGGGGUUCCCCAACCUCUUCCUGAUCACAGGUCCUCAGGGCCCGUUUACCAACCUGCCGCCGGCGAUUGAGGCGCACGUCGACCUCAUCUCCGGCCUCAUUGCUCGCGCGGAGAAAGGCCGCAGGGAGAACAAGGUCCCCGUCAUCGAAGCCACAAGGGAGGCCGAGCAAGAAUGGUGUGCCGAGUGUGAGCGGGUCGCCGAGGGCAGUCUCUUCAAAGAAACGGCAAGUUGGAUCUUUGGCCAAAAUGUCCCGGGCAAGAAGUAUGCCUUGCGAUUCUACUUUGGCGGGCUGAAGGCCUUCUACGAGGCGGUGCAGAAAGUCAUUGAUAACGAUUAUGCUGGGUUCAAGCCUUUGCAACCGGCUGGAAACGAGGCUCAACAAGGGCUUCGCGGCGAAGUGGGUGACCAGAAACCUCUCGUAGCACGGCUAUAG